GACUCUAGAAUCGCCGCUUCUCGCUACAAACGUUGACAUUUGCACGUCUUGCAUACGAGAACGGCUGCACGGAAGUCAUCCGUGGAAAAUGGAAGAAAUUAAUGACUAUCUUUGCAAGUAUAAAGGGUAUGUUUUUGCAGUCGGGAUGACAACAGCAGAGCACAUAGAUUCUCUUCAGAGCUUCGAAAUACGAGAGAGAGACGUUUUUUUGGUGACUUAUCCGAAGUCAGGUACAAUUUGGGCGCAGAAUAUCAUAGCAUUGAUUUUCGAGUUAGACGACACGGAUGAAACCAUAUAUGAAAACAAUCUGGAGAAAAUGCCUUGGCUCGAGUACCCCGAGGGUCACUCUGACUACGUGUCUAGACCAUCGCCUCGCCUCUUCGCGUCACACCUCACACCAGCUCUCAUGCCGCGCGGACUGAAGGGCAAAAAGGCGAAAAUUGUGUAUGUAGCCAGGAACCCAAAAGACAAUGUGGUUUCUUAUUUUCACUUCUGCCAUGCAUGGACUAGUCUGGAGACCCCUAAGAGCUUUGAGGAAUUUUUGCAGCAAUAUCUUGCUGGAAAUGUAGGUGGAUCAUCCUGGUUUGAUCAUAUCCGAGAGUGGCACACACACAGAGAUGAGUAUAGCAUCCUUUUCCUGACAUAUGAGGACAUGGUCAUGGAUCUAAGGUCAGCAGUUGUGAAAAUCAGCCAGUUCUUGGGACGGGAUUUGAGUGAAGCCAUGCUUACUCACAUCAUAGAGAAAGCCACCUUUAAAAACAUGAAGAAGGACCCUAAGGCCAACUAUGAGUUUCUUCCUGAAGAUCUGCUCCAAAAGGGCAAGUUCUUGCGCAAAGGUAUUAUAGGAGACUGGAAAAACAGCUUCACUGUGGCACAAAAUGAAAUGUUUGACCAGGUGUAUCAGGAGAAGAUGAAGGAUAUCCCAUUUAAGUUCAUAUGGAACAUAAACUAAAAGCACAAUAUUAUAAGAAAGACACAGUAUCCAAGUCCAGUAAUGAAUAUACGAUAUUGUGUAUUUUUAAAAUUAAUAAAUAAAGUUUUGGGUACAUUAAGAUUUAAGAUAUUAAUACUUAAUAUUAGUUAUUCAAUCUUGUUUGUCUGUUUGUAAAAUACUUCUUUUUUUUGUAAAAAAUUCAAAGUCCAGACUGUGAUGGGCUAACCUUUAACUCCUUAAUUCCUCUGCUUUGGAUUCCUCAUGCUGACUCUGAGAGAUUUUCCUUGCUACUGUCACCCUCAGCUUGCUCAUGACAAGUCUGAGAUCAAGUCUUCAUAAUUCUGGUAUGAGACAAUUAUUGUAAAAAAAAAAAAAUGCUACACAAACAUCAUUAAAUCACAUGUGCAAAUUUCUGUAAUGUUAAUAUGGACAUAUCUGAAAAUACUGUAAAGUCAUAGCAAAACACUCCCAGUGGACCUGCUAAUCUGAUUCUAGUAUGAAUCUGUACAAUUCAUACUAAAAGGUUUUAAUUCUCCUUCAUGAAUGUAGUCAUUAGCCUUACAGUAAGCCUAACAUCAAGCCUUCAUUUAGUCAUUUUUAGCAAGACUCAUUAGCUUGUUCUGAUCAAUUACAAUAGUAGUUCACUUCAAAUAAUAUUUGAAACAGAGAAUAAAUAUCAGAAGGGACCAUAAAAAUGGCAAAAAGCUCUACACGCUAUUCCAAACAUGAGCUAUUCUAAAGUGAUUCACCAACAACUGAAUCACGUCUCAAAUUUCAAAACGUAAAAAUAUACAUCUCUAAUACUGAUUAUACUUUCUGCAUAGUGCCGAAAUGACUAACAGGU